AUGACGACCCGAGGGUCUCCGUCUGAGUUCUGGUGCUGGAAGGAGGAGCCCCAGAUGGGGGACGCCCAGACACCCUCCGGCUCAGACACGCUGCCGCUGCUGCUGCCGCCGCAGCUAUGGGCGGGGUCCCUGGCUUAUAAUUCGAGAUACUGGCUGGACGUGCAGCCGUCCGUGUCAGUGCAGGAGGGCUUGUGUGUCCGCGUCCCCUGCUCUGUCUCCUAUCCUGGGGCAGGCUGGAAAGACUCCGACGCAGCUCACGGCUACUGGUUCCGAGAAGGGGUGAAUACCGAUGGAGAUCUGGCGGCAGUGGCCACAAACAACCCAGGGCGUGCAGUGCUCAGCGAGACCCAGGGCCGAUUCCUCCUCCUUGGAGAUCCCCAGACCAAAGACUGCUCCCUGGACAUCAGAGACGCCCGGAGGAGGGACACAGGAGUAUACUUCUUUAGGGUGGAGAGAGGGCCUACCGUGAGAUAUAGUUAUAAAUGGCAUCCGCUCUCGAUCCGUGUGACGGCUCUGACAGACACACCUGACAUCCAUGUCCAGGGGACCCUAGCAUCCGGCCGCCCCACCAACUUCACCUGUGUGGUCCCAUGGGCCUGUGAGAUGGGGACGCCACCCACCUUCUCCUGGACCGGGGUCACCCUGACCUCCCUGCACCCCAAGAGUCCCCACUCCUCAGUGCUCACCCUUACCCCGAGGCCCCAUGACUACGGCACCAACCUCGCCUGUCAAGUGACCUUUCCAGGAACUGGCCUGAGCACACGGAGGACCAUGAGGCUCAAUGUGUCCUAUGCCCUGCAGAACCUGGAUAUUCGGGUCUUCUGGGAAAACAGCACAGGUGUGAGAUCCCUGGGCAGCAUGGAGAUCCUGGGCAAUGCCACCUCCCUGCAAGUCCGAGUCCGGGAGGGCCAGUCCCUGCGCCUUGUCUGCGUCAUUGACAGCAAUCCCCCGGCCAGGAUAAGCUGGGCCCGGGGGAGCCUGAACCUGAACCUCACCACCUCACAGCCCACCCACCCGGAGGUGCUGGAGCUGCUGGGGGCACUCUUUGGCCAAGAUGAAGGGGAGUUCACCUGCCGCGCUCAGCACACCCUGGGCUCCCAGCAUGUCACCCUGAGGGUCUCGCUGCACAGGCGGUCAGCGCGGCCGGCAGAGGCGGUCCUGGUAGCCAUCUGGGAAGCGGCUGUCAAGACUCUGCUCCUCCUCCUCUGUCUCCUGGGCCUCCUGUGA